UUGAAGGCUUAAGCGCAUCUCUGUUGAUUCUGGUUUAUUUAUCUAGUAUACAAAGCUCACCUUUGGAAAUGCAUCUUUUUGGUUCUGUGUAACUUUUGUCCCUUUCAAAAAAUUGCUCUCCUGGUUUUCAAAACUUUCUGUGGGCCUUCUUUUGAUUCGAUGUCAGGAUGGGUUUCAGUUGUAUAGUCUCCUCGCUUGGCUAAAUUAUGGCCAGCUAACAUGGCUCUAGAUGUGCUAGACUGCAUCUUGAUGGGGUUUUUCAAUGGUCUUGAGCUAACGUGAUUGAAAAACCCCCAUCCUUUUUGCAUCAAGAGAAGGCUGUGAGGUUAACUGAAAAAAAAAAAAUCUGCUCGUUCUGGUAUUUAGACUCCCGGACCGUAUACUCAUUGUCUUGUUUGUUGUAACUAUUUUGCCCUUGUUUGUCCCAAAUUACUUCUGUGUACCCAGAGUAAUAAGGUCUUGGGUGCCAAAGUUGUUAGUUAAUGCUAAAAAGUAUUGGAAACAAGGGAUAAAAUAUCAUGUUUUAGGGUUUGAGCUGAUCUUUAACAAUUAGGGGUUUGGAUGAGAGUAUCACAGGGAUCAAAUUACCCCAUGGGGCCUAGAGGGGGGAUUUUUGCACCCUCCUGUGAACCAUCUGGACAGUAAUUGCCAUACUUGAUUAGACGCAUGCCCCAUCUAGUCCACUAUUCCAUGUUGCUGUAAGCAGCUAUGUGCAGUUUUAGUCAGGAAGUUCUCCUGCUCUCUACUGUGGUACAGCACUGUAUAAAUGGCCAGGUGCCUUACAUGUAGUUAUUUUUCCUUUGUGUAAAAGACUGGCUAUCUGGCACAGCCUGUAUGAAGGUAAUUUUUUUGUGUUUUACAUUUUUAGGUUUCUUUUCCCGUAUGCCUCCAUACGCUCUAUUUCUUUUUCCAUCGAGAGUCCCAGUACUCAGUAGAAUGUUCAUUCUUCCCGUCUGUAAGCAUUUUGUAAUGCUCCAUGGCAUGUAUUCAUUUAAAAAGCAGGAGAAAUCUCACUGGGAAGUUCUCCAGCAGGAGCAGCGGCUGAUGGAAGAGAAGAAUAAACGCAAGAAGGCACUCCUGGCCAAAGCCAUUGCUGAAAGAUCCAAAAGAACUCAGGCUGAAACAGUGAAACUAAAGCGGAUCCAAAAAGAGCUACAGGCUCUGGAUGACAUGGUGUCUGCUGACAUUGGGAUCUUAAGAAACCGAAUCGAUCAGGCCAGCAUGGAUUAUUCAUUUGCUCGGAAGCGAUAUGAUAAGGCAGAGUCAGAGUAUGUAGCAGCAAAGCUAGAUUUCCAACGGAAGACUGAAAUCAAGGAGCGUCUCACAGAGCAUCUAUGCACUAUAAUACAGCAGAAUGAACUCCGUAAGGCCAAGAAGCUGGAAGAGUUAAUGAAGCAGCUGGAAGUGGAGGCAGAUGAAGAAAAUCUGGAACUUGAGAUUGAGGUGGAGCAGAUGCUGCAGCAGCAGGAGGUAGAAGCAAGGAGACAGGCUGCCCAGUCUCAGAAUCUGUCUCGGACUGCUGAGGAAAAUGCAGCUCCAUGUGCUACAGUGAAGGAGAAUGAGCAUGCUGGUGCUGCUUCUGAACAGUUAGUGGAGCAGCCUGGAAAUUCCUGUAGCAAGUCACUUUCAAAUAUGGGUAGCCAAAAUCAAUCAGUAAACACUACUCGGGAUGAAACCCCCAGCUCACUCUGAUACAUUAUUGUUAUAUGCAGAUAAGGUAGCAUCUGAUGGAUGAUACACUUGAUUUACUGCAUGCUGUAGGUUACUCCAAGGCUUCUGCAGUGUCAGUAACAUCCCUCUUACAUUACCUCUAUUUUUAAUUUGAUUUAAAAUAAUCUAUUUUUAGUGACCUGUCAAUCUUCCAUUCUGGGUCACCUGUCUGUCCUGUUUUGUAUUUUUAGGUCCAUUCAUCCCUGGAUUUGCUCACUAUUUAUGGAGCUUUGUGAGACUGGGGCUUGCGAGGAGAGAGUACUAAGAAGGGAGCAGCAAUGUUUGUCUGUAGGCUGGGCUUGUGUGAGAAUGAAAAUUCCCAGCUGACCAUUGCAGACAUCAAACCAAGAAAGGGAGAUGUUUGUUUUCUUGAGAAGGUGUCAUGAAAGGUUAGGUUUUAUUACAGAGAUGUUCUUUUCCUCAUGUACGUAAGAAAUUUCCAAUGUGUCCACAAAUUUCCUUUGCAAAUUUCUUUUAAUCGUGUAAAACCCAGCAAGUUUUCCGAGACAUCCUUGGAUAUGGUAGCUGAUACUUCAGUCUGUAGAGAAUUAUAAACAAAUUUAGAUUUUUAUGUUGCUACAAAGGCCAGAUUGGCUAUAAUAUUUCCUGUUUAUAACUGGUGUCUAUUUUUACAAAUUAUUGUAAAAUUCAUAAUAUCUGGUCUUUGGAGUCUGAUUUGUGAAAUUACAGCAUCAAAUGUGUUACAAGAGUAUCAGCUUAAUGUAUGGUAGAAAGGAGGUGGUUGCAGACAGAAACAGUACACUAGAGAUCUAGCUAGUAUUGACAAAUGCGGUUACAAAUAUUUUCUCAUUUUCAGUAACAUCAUAGCUGCCUUAAAUCCGAGACAUCAAACUGGUGUUGAUAAAAUCAUGAAUAACCCCAAAAGUAAAUGGGAACUAAGCCUUUCCAUACAUUAUGUAAUGUUCAGUAAAUUCAAGUUAACAACUUCCUUGUCCUAAGGGUGGGUGUGUAUAACCCCAGUAGAACCUUGUUAAUUUGCUCAAUUAUUGUUUUCAAAGGGAUUUUAAAAAAUCAUUCCAGAUGGGGAAAGACAAAAAUACAAUUCUGGUUUUGCAAUGACCUCUUGGAGUAAGGUGGUUUGCAGAGAGCCUAUGAUGCAACCAUGAACCAGACAGAAAUUUUCAUUUCUUCUCUGCUACACAAUCUGCAGCUCUCUUUCACUAUGGAAAUUUUAACUCUCUCUUAUACUGAAGGUUUGUGUCUCACAGUUUGACAAUCACUGGAGUGACCCCACCAAAUGCGAUUGUGAGGGACCAAUUAUCUAUUCAGUCAUUGAAAGCCAUGACACUUUAUUCACAAUUUUUAUUGUAAAAAUAAAUUAAUGUAUCUUC